GCAUAUAAGACCCAUGUCAGCUUCUGGUGUAUCUACCCUCGCUUAAUGUAUUUCAAUUUCAUUACAUCGUGUGUAAGAUAGAGUAAGCGAUUUUAUAUUCUACCCUCAAAACUAUUUAUAAUGUAAAAAUUGGAUGACAUAUUGUAUAGUCACGUAUUGGACAGUAUAAAAACAAUUAAAAUCGCUGAAGUAUUGUUUAAAAAUUAAAUCCAUUAUAACAAAAAUGUCGUCAGACGAAUCUGAUAUCGAAAUAAAAACGGCGUUACCGAAGAAAACGUUAAAAAAGGCGCCAGAAAGUCCAACAGUUGAAAUCUUAAAGAAACAGGAAAGUAAAAAGAUAAGUACAAAAGAAAUGGUCCACCAAGCACUGGUUGAUUUGAAAAGUCGCAAGGGAGCAUCUUUGUACGCAAUCAAAAAGUACAUAGAAGAUAAAUAUAAAGUUGACGUUGAAAAACUUAAUCAUUUCAUUAAAAAAUACUUAAAGACAAGCGUUGAACUCGGCACCAUUGUACAAGUAAAAGGAGUAGGUGCAACCGGGUCGUUCAAAUUAGCCCCCGGACAAGAGAAAUCGGAAAUUAAGAAAAAACCCGCAACAAAAACAGAGGAAACUUCAAAAACGGAAAAACCAAAAACAAAACCUCUAAAGAAAGUCGAAUCAAACGAAAACAAAGCAGCUGAGAAGGCGAAAAAAGUUGAAAUGUUAAAUAGUAAAAAAGUUGACAAAAAAGAUGGUGAUGUCAAAAAGAAAUCAAGUGGGAACAAAGAGAAAGCUGUUAAAACCAAAAUGGCGAAAGUUAUGCAGACUCCUGCAAAAAAAAGAGCAGCACUGAUGAAAAGAAAAAGCAUCGGCUCAAUCAUCAAACCACCAAAAAUGAAGCCUAAAGCAAAAGACUAGCUGCUAAUGUGUAAUGCGUGUAGAAAAGUGGGUAAUUAUUUAUUUUCUUCGAGUAAUAGAGGGAAUUAUUUUUAUUGAAUUGUUUGUUAGUUUUUGGCAGAUUUUAUU